GAAUCUCAAAUAUAAAAUGUUUGCCCACUUUUUUGGUUACUAUAUGAUUCCAUGUGUUAUUUCAUAGUUUUGAUGUCCAAACUUUUGACUGGUACUGUAUAUUUUUGGAGUGUGUGAAAUUGGUCCGCAGGCCUACAAAGGUUUGCCACCUGUUGCCCAUGUUGUGGAAAUUCUAAUCAAUAAUGAGGAGAGACAAGGUCAAUCACCAAUCAGGAUAUUACUUUAUUAAAAUAUUAUUAAUAAGGAAAGCAUAGAGUAAUUGCUUCCAUAAUGAUCAGGCUGGUCGGCUCACAACAUCCAAGUGUUGUGGCGAGUAGCUCUGACAUACGAAGAAUACAAAUAUAUGUUAUAGAAAAGAUACACCCUUUUAGUCUUCAUGAAAAACAUCAGAUGUAUAGAAUGGGUCACAAGGUGAAACUUGAUAUUUGAGAAAGGAGUAUCCCGCAGCCAGAUAGCAUUUGCUAUGAUGACUGUUCUUAUUGUUCAGUCUGGCUCCUAAGACGAGGCUCCGAUCUCGUUCCCGGUACUUCAUAGCACAGAAACACCAAUUCAUUCUAUGGCAUAAAUAACUUGUCAACUCCAGAUACUCCCAUCUCAUACAAAACCCCUUCUUGACAACACGCCUUGACGAGUUCACUGAGGGGAGUGAGCCUCUAGGUCACCUACCCCAGGAUAGGUGCAACAUCAGAGAUGAUAUACAAUGGUUCCAGACACUAUCCCACACAUCUUGUCUCAGACAUUAUCUCCCCCAAGGCCAAAAGAGGGAGUGACUGGUGCACAGACAUUGUGGAGACAAGUAAUUAGUUCCCCGUUAAUCACGCCAUCACUUCACACGGUUUAGAAUAUGUAAAACAUGUUCACAUAUGAAGACAAUGUUCCCUCCUGUCCUCUUCUCUUUCUGAUAUUCUGCAUAUCACCAGGGACAAGUGAAAGACAAGCCUGACUUCACCCCUCUCUGGGCCCCAGGUGACUGAGCCCCAGCUGACGGAGGAAGUGCAACUGCCAACACCAGAGUCCAAAGAGAUAUAUUCUAAUAACAAGCAUAUCAUAUAAGCAUAUUAUGAAGAUAAGACAUCUUAAUUAUCUAUGUUAACUAACUAAUUCUGAUUCUUCCGCUACACCCGUCCCUGUUCUAUGUGUUAUCAUUUCUUGUGCUAUCGUUGUGCAUACUGUAUCGCACUGAGAUGCAUUCCUGCCUCUGUUUGUCUAGAUGAGGUCUUCAGACAGCCUCCCUUCCCCAUGAACACCAUGGAUGUGAUGACCCCCUUCCACUUUAGAGACUGGGUGGACAAACAGCAACCCUCACUGGCCAGUGGACGCCCCAUAGACAUGUUUGGGGCCCAGUUUGAGACAGAGACCCUUCUGUAUGGGCCCGGGCAGACAGAGGCUUGUGAACGAGAAACUGAUGUCUGGAUAUGGCAGCAGGAGGGAUCCUCCCAUGUGACUCUGGAUGGCCAAGAGUUCCCUCUAUCCACAGGAGACAGUCUACUCAUUCCUGGACACAGCCAGUACCAAUGGAGUCGGGCCGAGGAGUGUUUCCCUGUUUGUUGCUCAGAACCCAGAGAGAAAGCGUGCAUGACCUCUGAUGACCCCACUCUCUUCUGUGACACACAAGGAAAAAGGAGGGUCAGCAAAAGAGAUUGUAUGCUCUUUUGCUACAGAGAGCAUAAUUAUAACCCUGUCAUAAAUUACGUUGAAGAAUAACUCUGCAAUGAACUCAAAGAUCAGAUAUGGAGAGGUAGAGUAAAACAGGGAGUAAAACUAUUUGUUAUUUUCAGAACAAAUUAUAAUGGAACAUCUUCACAAACGUAAUUUAAAUAAUAAACUUGAUUAAGUUGCAGUA